AUGCCUGUAUCAACCUUAGAAAGUUGGAGAGCCAACAAAGGAAUUAUCACCGCCGAAUUGAACGCUGACGAUGACGGUGUCGUUAGAACAUCCGCUAAGGAAAAAAAACAAGCUAAAUACAAAGAUUAUCUACCAAGCUGGGAUCCUAAUGAGAAAUUCCCUCCACAUUCUUUCGUUAAGUAUGAGGAUCCUGCAUUGAAAGCUAAUCCAAAGUUUCCCCAUUUGUUGACAAGUGGUGUUGAAAUCAGUCCUAUUACUCCAAAACUGGGGUCUGAAAUUAGGGGCCUUCAACUUAGUGAGUUGGAUAAUGCUGGCAAGGAUGAGCUAGCUCUUUUGACUGCUGAAAGAGGUGUUCUUAUUUUUAGAGAUCAAGACUUUGUCGAUAGAGGUCCUGGAUACAUUGAAGAGUAUGGGAAGUAUUUUGGUGAAUUGCACGUUCAUCACGCUUCCCCAGCUCCAGAGGGUCAUCCUUAUAUUCAUGUGGUUUACAAAAAUGUGAAAACAGAAGACUAUGACAAAUUUUUCGAACAAACUUUGACCUCUGUGUAUUUCCACACAGACAUCACAUUUGAAUUACAGCCAUCCGGUUAUACCUUUUUUGCAGUGCUUGAUGCUCCUCAAUCUGGCGGUGAUACCUUGUUUGGUGAUGCGAUUGAAAUCUUUGAUAGAUUGUCGCCAUCCUUGCAAGAAUAUUUGAGUGGAUUACAUGCCGUUCACGCGUUACCACCAAACGGCGAUGCCUUUUCUCCUGAUCCUACCAAGCGCAUUUCAAGACAUGAAAUCUAUGACGUUAUCCAUCCUGUGGUAAGAGUCCAUCCAGUUUUGAAGAAGAAAGUCCUUAACAUCAACAAAGUGUUCACCAGAAAAAUUGUCGAACUAAAGAAACCUGAAUCAGAUGCUCUUCUAGCAUUUUUGUAUCAGGUUAUCGAUAAUGCUCAUGAUGCUCAAGUUAGGGCUAAUUGGAAGCCGGGCACUGUAGUUGUAUGGGAUAAUCGUAGAUUGUAUCAUGCUGGUGUAUAUGAUUUCGAUGCUUCUGAAUCUACAAGACACCAUGUCCGUGUGACUCCAUUGGCAGAAAGACCAGUCGAGGAUUUGAAAUAUUUGAAUGACCCAAAUUAUUACCCAAUUGGUUCAAAACCUGGUAAAUGA